AUGAAGAUCAAGACUUUAGAAGAAAAGAUGUUGGAAGGUGAACAACCAAAAUUGAUUCUGUAUACUCAAGAAGACGAUGAUAGUUUGUCAUCAUUGGAAAUCUUCUUUAAGGGACUAAUUGGGUUAGAAUUCUUAAAGGAGUUAUUGAUUGUUAUAUCUCUUAAGGGACAAGUGGAAAAGGAAGAACAAGAAAAACAAGAAGAGGAAAAAGAGAAAAGUGAGCAGAACGAGGAAAGUAACAGAGAAGAAGUUGUUGCUAAAGAUUCAGGAGAGGAAAUAGAGAAAGAGGCUGAAAAGGAUGUGGCUGUUGAAGACGAUGAUCCAAUGGAAGCUAUGCAAGACCUAGUUAUGACAGAAGAGGACAACCCCAACAAAGAAACACAAGAGAAAUCUGCCGAGCCAUAA